CACCUCUCUUUGUCUUCUUCUUGUCUCUGGGCCAUAGAUCGCAAUCAUGAGCGGCCUACGGUUCCUCGAUCUCGUCAAGCCUUUUGUGCCUCUGGUGCCUGAAAUUCAGCUGCCAGAGAGCAAGGUUCCUUUCAACAACCGCCUCGUAUGGACCGGCCUUACUCUCCUCGUCUUCCUGGUCAUGAGCCAGAUGCCGCUCUACGGAAUUGUGUCGUCUGAUACCUCCGACCCGCUAUACUGGCUGCGAAUGAUGAUGGCGAGUAACAGAGGAACACUGAUGGAACUGGGUAUCACCCCCAUCAUCACCUCGGGCAUGGUCUUCCAGCUUCUUGCCGGAACCCACCUCAUCGACGUCAACCUCGACCUCAAGUCUGACCGCGAGCUCUACCAGACUGCCCAGAAGCUCCUCGCUAUUCUCCUGUCUUUCGGUCAGGCCGUCGUCUAUGUCAUCUCCGGUCUCUACGGACAGCCCUCUGACCUCGGUGCCGGUAUCUGCGUUCUCCUCGUUAUCCAGCUGAUGAUCGCUGGUCUGAUCGUUAUCCUCCUCGACGAGCUCCUCCAGAAGGGCUACGGUCUCGGCAGCGGUAUCUCGCUCUUCAUUGCCACCAACAUCUGCGAGUCCAUCAUGUGGAAGGCCUUCUCCCCCACCACCAUCAACACCGGUCGUGGUCCUGAGUUCGAGGGUGCUCUCAUUGCCCUUGUCCACUUGCUCUUCACCUGGCCCAACAAGACUGUUGCGCUCAAGGAGGCUUUCUACCGCCAGAACCUCCCCAACGUCAUGAACCUGAUUUCCACAGUCAUUGUCUUCGGUGCUGUCAUCUACCUCCAGGGUUUCCGCGUUGAGAUUCCUGUCAAGUCCGCCCGCCAGCGUGGUGUUCGUGGCUCGUACCCCGUCCGUCUGUUCUACACCUCCAACAUGCCCAUCAUGCUGCAGUCUGCUCUUUCCUCCAACGUCUUCUUGAUCAGCCAGAUGCUCUACAACCGCUUCUCUGACAACCUCCUCGUCAAGCUUCUCGGUGUCUGGGAGCCCAAGGAGGGUUCCGCCCAGCUUUUCGCUACCUCUGGUGUUGCCUACUACAUGUCCCCCCCUCUCAGCAUCACCGAGGCUCUCUCCGACCCCCUGAAGACUGCCAUCUUCAUCGUCUACAUGCUCGUCGCCUGCGCUGUCUUCUCCAAGACCUGGAUCGAGGUUUCUGGUUCAUCCCCCCGCGACGUUGCCAAGCAGCUCAAGGAGCAGGGUCUGGUCAUGGCUGGUCACCGUGAGGAGUCCAUGUACAAGGAGCUUAAGCGCGUCAUCCCCACCGCUGCCGCCUUCGGUGGUGCCUGCAUUGGAGCUCUGUCUGUCGGUAGCGAUCUUCUCGGCGCUCUCGGUAGCGGUACUGGUAUUCUCCUUGCCGUAACUAUCAUUUACGGAUACUUCGAAAUCGCCGCCAAGGAGGGCGAUAUGGCCGGUCUUAAGGGCAUGGUCAUGGGCUAGAUUAGUCCAAUAGGGAUCUCACUUUUAUUGAUUUGGAUGGAGGAUGGGUUGAGGCUGGUGCGCUUCGCCGCACAUUGUAACAUAUGAUCUACGAAACAAAAGUUCGCAAAGGUACUGGGCAUCACUUGACGUACUGUAGCGUGGCGCCUGGCUAGGCUAUCACAGAUGCCAGUCCUUCUGUAAUGCAUCAUUGUUAACCCUU